UCCCCUCGAAAACGUCAUCACGUACUUCCGGGUCGCAUGCAGAUGAUGUCACGUGAGUAAUAGGGAUUCCUUCCGGAAGGAAAACAUGGAGGACUCAGAACCAGCAGCCCCAAGCGAGGAGAAAAUGAUCACCGAAGCCGCAGAACCGCGGGAGAAGGUGGAUGAGGCGGAGAACGUGGUGAAAACAGAGGAAAGUCCGGUGACCGAAGGAGCAGCAGGAGAGACAUUGGAUGCGUUAAACGCUAAGAAGAUGAAAAUUGAACUAAAGGAGAAAAAAGAAAAGAAGCAGAAAGUGGAUGAGGAUGAGAUACAGAAGAUGCAAAUUCUGGUGUCGUCCUUUUCAGAAGAACAGCUAAAUCGCUAUGAGAUGUAUAGACGCUCUGCAUUCCCUAAAGCUGCUAUUAAACGGCUGAUUCAGUCCAUUACAGGCUGCUCUGUGUCACAGAAUGUAGUGAUUGCCAUGUCUGGUAUUGCAAAGGUCUUUGUUGGAGAGGUUGUAGAAGAAGCUUUGGAUGUUUGUGAAAAGUGGGGAGAAAACCCCCCACUACAGCCUCGUCACAUGAGAGAAGCACUCAGAAGAUUAAAGUCCAAGGGGCAAAUUCCAGAUUCCAAAUAUAAAAAAAUUGUGUUCAGCUGAUGUUCUUGGACUUGAUGUUGACUUAUCGCAUCUUCUAAGAGUGAGAUUGCUUUGAGGAUUUGUAGCAAACCCGUUCCUUUGCUCAUGCAGGAUCAAACGGACAAUCUUGAUUGGAAGACUCGCCAACAGUACAUACUGAUUUUUACUUUGCUCCCUUGUUUCUCUGACUGCCAAGAACAUAAAGAAGAAACAUGACUUAAUGUUUAACUAGAGCUCCCCUUCUUCAUGCCUGGUGGUAAACAAAGUAGUGAAAGGACAAAAAGAAAGCAAGUAUGUAUAGCUGGUGGGAUCAGCACUAAAGGGAGCCUUUUACGUUGCCCUUCAUUGGCACCUUAAAGGUAGAGACUGCCAUUGCUGACCUGUUUUUAAAGGACAAGUGUAAGUAUAUAAUAAAACACAGAAUCAACACAUUUAUUGGACUUUGAAACCUUUUCUAAAAGCACAUGUUCAUGGUGUAACUCUUUUUAAAGUGCCCUUUGCCUUCACGGCGGGGGUUACUUUAAGCUUCUAGCAGGUAUUUGGUACUGAAGCCUGCUAGCAGCUUGUUUAAAGUGACAGUCAUUGCUACCAUCAAGAUCUAUGUUUAACAUCGCCAUGUUUCCUGAAUGAUUUGCUUUCCCACACUGAAGUCCAUAUGUAUAAAGCCUAAAACAAGUCAGCAGUGGCAUUUUUUCAUUAGUUCACUUUAAAUGGCAGCAACAUGAAGAGUAUUGCAUAAUAAAGCGCCAACCAUCUGCAAUAUGUUGUGUACAUAAAGAGUAUAGGAAGUGACGAAAGACAGAUCACACAGCGAUAACCAUGUUGGAUCAAAAUAGUGUCAGGAGGUGCAUUUGCAAACAUUUAUUUAUAUACAUUUUUAUUUUUCUCUUUCGUAGUCCUUUUUUUUUUAUUUUAUGUGAUUCAUGUUUAGUAGUAACAGUUAUAUGGUUUUAUUUAAUAAUAAAAAAAGACUUAACCGGUGCAGCAACAAAUCUUAAAUCAGAUUUUUACCAGAAAACUAUAGACAUGUUAACUCCUUCCUAACAGGCUUCUCUACUGCCGUUUGUGCAGUUAUUAAAUCGUUUUUGUAAUAGUUGAUUUUGCAAUGUCAGUCGUUCAUUAUCAAAAUGGGAUGAAGACAUAACCUUACUACGGUCUUCAACACUAAAAUGCAAAAAAUAGUUCAAUGCCUAUGGGUGCUUUUCUUCUUGCACUUCUUUUAUUAGCCUGUGCAGUCUGCUUUCUUAUUUUUGUCCCAGUUUUUCUUAUAUCAAUAAAUGGAACCUGUGAUAUUAAACCCUCA